AAUGCAUUUUAAAAAUUCAGCUAAAAAACCAGAAAAAUUGACAGGCGAAUUGAAAAUAUUUAGAUACAAUGUGCCGGCAACAGUUGUUAUGUCAAAAUGUAAACCUCGCGUUCGAACUGUUAAUCUUGCUUGUCCAGUAAACUUUACAGAAUUAGAACAAUGUACAUUUGAAGAAAUUCAAGAUUCCAUGCAUCCACAAACACAAAUAACUUGCUAUCUAACUAAAAGGCAAAUAGACGAUUGCCCUGAAGAUUAUAUAACAUAUGAUGAAAAAUGUUACAAAAUAGUUUUACCAUUGGAUAUUGAAAAAUUUUUUGGAACUUUUCAAAUUGAUGUUUCUCAAGCCUUUCAACUUUGCAAUCGAUUUAAUAUGACUUUGUUAACAAUAAGUAGUUUGGCACAACGUCAAAUUUUAACAGAUCUUCGCCUUAUAGUAACAUACAGUGCAAAAAAUGUUUACCUUAAUCAGGAUAGAAUUCAAAGAAAAAUAGCUCCAUUAAUGAAUCAAGUUUUAAAGAAAAACUAUCAAAGUAAAAGAUGUUUGGUUUAUACUUUUUUUCUUAAGUUUGUAGAAUACGAUUGUGAAACUAAAACUAAUUAUAAAUUUACACAUUUUCUCUGCGAGACAACACUAAUUAAUAGUGAAAGGAACAAUGUACAACUUUGGUAUUCAAGAUUAUUUAUUGAUAAAACUCAAAAAUGUCCAAAUUGGCUAUUUACUUGUCAGAGUUCAAAAUAUUGUAUUAACUAUUUAAAUGUCUGUGAUGGAUCUUAUGAGUGUUGGGAUAAAUCAGAUGAAAAUAAUUGCCAAAAAGCUAAUUUUACAUUUAAAUGCAAUGAUAAAACAGAAUUACAGUUAAAUUUUGUUUGUAAUUAUAUUAAAGAUUGUCCCGAUGGAAGUGAUGAAUGGUAUUGUGGUAAUUAUGAAUGCAAAAAUAAUCAAUUUAUACCAAAAGAACAAUUAUGCAAUAAUGAUAAAAAUUGUAUUGAUGGUAGUGAUGAAGGAGAAAUUUGUAGAGAGAAAUGUAGAACUCAUUAUUGCAAUAACAACUGUUUGGAUGAGAAAGAUAAAUGCUUUUUGAAAACUGACUGUCAUUUAGAAAAUAAAACUGAAGUGUAUGUGAAAGAUUGCAUUGAAAGGGGAUAG